AUGUCUAAAAAUGUGAAGAAAUCAAAAGGAGUAACUGGGCCCCCGAAGUCUUCUGGCUUGUUCACUGAAGAGGAUAAAGGCCCCCAUGUCGUGGUGGUCGCCGACUUGCACGCGCGUCGUUUUGAUCCACUCACUCGGACAACACCCUAUUGUCUCCUUCCGUUGGCUGGUGUCCCAUUGCUGCACUACUGUCUUGCGCGUUUACUCGCAGACGGAUUCCGAAAUAUCAUCAUUUGUGCGUGCACUCACACUGCACAAGUACAACAAUUUGUGCUGUCGUAUCAAAAAGAUAUCAUCCAAAAAGACACCCGAAUCUCAGUACACAAUGGUGAAAAUUGUAAAAGUCUGGGUGAUGUGAUGCGUGAUCUGGACGCAUCUCAGACACUUCGUGGAAUCGCCGAUUUUCUACUCGUUCCAGCCGAUUUGAUAUGUGCCACGUCUCUACUCCCGUUUGUCAAACAACACGAGGCUCGACGUGCACGAAAUCCUGCAGCCAUUCUCAGCUUGGUCAUGCCACAUGUUUCCAAGCUGCUCACACCGGUGCAAGCGGCAGAACACACAGUGUCAGUGCUACUUUCGCCUUCUGUCGAUAAUAGGAUAAUCAAGUUGUUCCCUGCUUGCUUGAAUCCGGCCCCAAAUGUUUUUCUCCAGGAGCUAAUCCGAACAGACACGGUCGUCGAAUUGUCCUCAAACCUGUUUGAUUUGGGAGUUGCUGUCUGCAGCAAUCAUGUCGCACCAUUGUUCCAGGACAAUUUUGAUUACCAGACAAUGGGUGAUCUCAUUCACGAUGUUCUAACAAACGAAGAGGUUAUGGGUUACACCAUGCAUGUGGAUCGUGUACCCCCUGGACCGUUGAUGCUUUGCGCCGCACCGGAUUUGCACACCUUCCUCUCUUUCUUUCCGCACAUUCUGACUCGGGAAUCAGGUAUUCUCGUUGCUCUGACAGAUUCAAAAUUACCGACCGAUUGGGACUCGUGGAUUGCCUACGGUCCACAGAUCUACGUCGCCCGUUCCGCGCGAAUCGACCCAACCGUGCGGUUAAUCGGGUCCUGUUUGAUCGGUGCAUCUUGUUGCAUUGAAGCCGGUGCGGUCCUCGUUGAUUCGGUUCUCGGUGCCGACUGUCACGUG